AUGGCGGCAGAAAACGACACUUCGAUUCACAACAGAGGGACUCUCGAGGUGGAGGACGACGAGAAUCUGUACUCGGAUGACUCGGGCUCUUUUGUCAGCAGUUCCGGCAUCAGCGAAACAACUUCUGUCUCUUCCAGCGUCCGCAAUUAUCUGUACGAAAAUGGUCGACGAUAUCACGCAUUCCGAGAGGGCGCAUACAACUUGCCAAAUGACGAGAAAGAACAAAGUCGUUUGGACCUGCACCACCAUAUCCAUCGGUUGAAGCUGGACGGGCGACUAUUCCGCUCCCCCAUCCCUAGCGACGUCUCCCGAAUUCUCGAUCUGGGAACUGGAACGGGUAUCUGGGCGAUUGAAGUGGCCGAUCAAUUCCCUGACGCGAAAGUCAUUGGAAACGACCUAAGCCCUAUUCAGCCUACAUGGGUCCCCCCGAAUGUCGCCUUUGAGGUGGACGAUUUCGAGUCCGAAUGGGAAUACUCCAAGCCAUUCGACUUCAUCCACGCCCGCGAUCUGCAAGGCUCUGUGGCGGAUUACGGUCGCCUGGUUGGACGCGCCUUUAAGAACCUGACACCCGGCGGAUGGUUCGAAUUCGCAGAUGCCGACUUGAUCGUCCGCUGCGACGACGAGACCAUUAAGGAGGCAAAGAACCUGCUCGAGGUGAACCGUCUGGUAUGCGACGCAAGCGCCAGGUUCGGCAAGCUGAUGGGAACGGCCAACCAGCACAAGCAGCGCCUUGCAGAUGCAGGAUUCAUCAAUAUCCGUGAGGAUAUUUACAAGAUUCCUCUAUCGCCGUGGGCCAAGAACCCGAAGCUGAAGGAACUGGGCAAGUUCCAGCAGGUCAAUAUGCUAGAGAGUCUGGAUGCUUACAGUUUGGCUCUGCUGACACGGGUUCUCGGCUGGCAUGUCACUGAGGUUCAUGCCCUCCUUGCAGGGGCCAGGACGGAAUUGCUGAAUCGUAACAUCCACAUGUAUGCUCAGUGGUAUCAUGUCUACGGCCAGAAGCCAAAAGAUUAG